UUGGUCCUUGAAUGAAUGACGUUUUACAAUUUGUCUUGUCAAAUUGAAAUUAACUUGACAGCCGGUUCUGUUCCGAAGUAUCUUUCCAUUAUUUUAUUUCCUUUUAUUUAUCCCUGCGCUGUUAUUAUUGCUUCUAAAAUGGUGAAAGUUAAAUUCAACAAUGGUUGUGAGAUUCCCAUUCUUGGUAUUGGAACAUGGAAGUCUAAGCCAGGAGAAGUCACAGAAGCUGUGAAAACGGCCAUAGAGGUUGGCUACAGGCAUAUCGACUGUGCUUUCGUCUACGGCAAUGAAAAGGAGGUCGGUGCCGCCAUCUCUUCGAAAAUUGCCGACGGUACUGUUAAAAGAGAGGACCUGUUCAUCACGUCCAAGCUGUGGAACACCUUCCACCGGCCGGACCUGGUGAAGGGCGCACUCCUGAAGAGUCUGGAGAACCUCAACCUCACAUACCUGGACCUCUACCUGGUGCACUGGCCUCAGGCUUAUAAGGAAGAAGGCGAUCUUUUCCCUAAGGAUGCGGACGAUAAAAUAGUAUUCUCUGACGUGGACUAUGUGGACACGUGGAAGGCUCUGGAGCCGCUGGUGGGCGAGGGUCUGGUGAGGAGCAUCGGCAUCUCGAACUUCAACUCGAAACAGGUCGCCAGGCUGUUGGAGCAUGCUAGUAUCGUGCCUGUCACUAACCAGAUUGAAUGCCACCCCUACUUGAACCAACGUCGUUUGAAAGACUUCUGUGAGGCGCGCAAGAUUACCAUCACGGCCUACUCCCCUUUGGGGUCACCAGACAGACCCUGGGCCAAGCCCGAUGACCCCAGUCUACUGGAUGACCCCAAAUUAAAGGCCAUAGCUGACAGACUCGGCAAAACUGUCGCCCAAGUUCUCAUUCGUUACCAAAUCGACCGCAACAACAUAGUGAUACCUAAAUCAGUGACAGCGUCUCGUAUCGCGAGCAACUUUGAUGUGUUCGACUUUAAACUGUCCCAGGAAGACAUGUCUCUCAUCGACUCGUUCGACUGCAACGGACGCAUGGUGCCUAUGACUGCAUCACUGGGCCACAAGUAUCACCCGUUUGAGAAUGAAGAAUUCUAAAUAAUAUUUAUUUUUAUGUUAAUUAUUUUAAUGUACCUAUAAUGUGAUUGGAUGCAAAUAUUAUGAAAUGUCAGUCGCACUCAAGUUAAAACAGAUAUAUAAAUGUUAAACAAAUGUCACUAAUAAAUAAAUAUGUUUUAAACACUGUU